AUGAAUGGGGAGGCGAUGGAGGGGAACCCGGCACAGCAGCAUCAGCAGCAUGCCGGUAACGGCUCCCACCUCCCUCCCCCUCCCACCAUCACACCGGCCAUCCCCCCCUAUGUGAAGCUGGGUCUGACUAUCGCCUACACCAUCUUCUACUCUCUGCUCUUUGCCUUCGUGUACGCUCAGCUCUGGUUGGUGCUGCGAUACCGACACAAGCGCUUCAGCUACCAGACGGCCUUCCUGUUCCUGUGUCUGCUGUGGGCCGCCCUGCGUGCCUUGCUCUUUUCCUUCUACUUCAGAGACUGCGUGACUGCCAACGCGCUCGGACCCUUCGCCUUCUGGCUGCUCUACUGCUUCCCUGUCUGCUUGCAGUUCUUCACACUCAGCCUCAUGAACCUCUACUGUGCACAGGUUUACUUCAAGGCAAAGUCAAAGUACACACCUGCACUGCUGAAGUACAGACUUCCUCUGUACCUGGUCUUCCUGGGCGUUAGUCUUCUUUUCCUGGUGGUUAAUCUGGUUUGCGCCUUGUUGGUCAAGAUGACCGCCGCCGACGUUAAGACCAUCGUCCUGGUGAGGGUCACCAUCAACGACAGCCUGUUUGUCCUCUGCGCUGUUUCACUGUCCGUCUGCCUCUAUAAGGUCGCCAAGAUGUCGCUGGCCAACAUCUAUCUGGAGUCAAAGGGGACAUCAGUGUGUCAGGUGACUCUGAUCGGCAUCAUGGUGGUGCUGCUGUAUGCAUCUCGAGCUUGUUACAACCUGGUGGUGCUCGCUCUGACCGACAUCGAGGCCAUCAACUCGUUCGACUACGACUGGUACAACGUGUCCGACCAGGCGGACUUGCGGUCGUCGCUGGGAGACGCUGGUUACAUCGUGUUCGGGGUGAUUCUGUUCGUUUGGGAGCUGCUGCCCACCUCGCUGGUGGUCUUCUUCUUCAGGGUCCGACGGCCGCCUCAGGACAGGAGCACCACUGGAAUACCAAACCACGUUCUGUCCUCCAGAGGAUACUUCUUCGACAACCCUCGUCGGUACGACAGCGAUGAUGAUCUGGCGUGGAGUAUUCCUCCUCAGAACGGGUCAGCCAGUCUUUCAUCCGACUGCUACGACUGGGGCAGCCGCCACAGCAGCUUCACUGUGCACACCAACAGUGACGAACAGCGUCUGACCACCAGCGCCGCCGCCGGAGAGCUCCACCCCUACCCAUAA